CAAAGCAGACGCAUGGGGUCUAUCUUUCUAAUUACUUCCUCUGCUCUGCUCCUCUUCUUUCUUGCAUCAAAUAGCUGUAUUCUGUUUCCUUUUUCCCAUAUAAAUUGUAUAAUUAAUACAUGCAGAUCUUUUUUUAUUAUUGAAUUAGUGUGAAGCUGCUUCUUUAACUCACUCACAAGAAAGAAAGAGAAAAAAAAAAAACUCACAAGCAUCUUCUUGAUUUCUUUAAUGGUAGAAAACAAACAACACACACUGCUAAUUCUUCUUUUAACAUCACAAGAAAUAUUCUACUAAACGCUCUAAAUAAAUCAAUCUCUCCUAUACACAACUACUAGAAGUGGGUAUAGCUGUGUUUCCUUGAUUCUUGGUUGCUUUCUUCUACUUGUAUGAGUUUGUGUGUAUAGAUUUAUUGUGAUUUUUUUUGGAAGGGAUGUAAAUGGGGUCUCUUGAAAAUGGGGUUUUAUUGAAGAAAGAUCAGAACGUGCUUCGUUCUUCAUCAGCAACUGGUAGGAAUGCAUUUGGUCAAAGACAAGUCAGAUCGAGAUUUGCAAGAUUCUUGUUUGUUAAGAAGAUUAAUUAUUUACAAUGGAUUUGUACUGUGGCUGUGUUUUUCUUCUUUGUUGUUCUCUUUCAGAUGCUCUUGCCUGGUUCUGUGAUGGAAAAAUCUGGGAAUUUUAGUCAAGAUAGUGAAGUGGGGUAUGGGGAUUUAGGUUUAUUGAAAGAGUUGGGGGGUUUGGAUUUUGGGGAAGAUAUAAAGUUUGAGCCUUUGAAGGUUUUAGCUAAAUUUCGUGAUGAAGCUGUGGAGGCUAAUGGAACUGUUGCUUCAAGGACUGUUGUUAGAUUUGGUUAUAGAAAACCUAAGCUGGCUUUGGUAUUUGCAAAUUUGUUGGUUGAUCCAUAUCAAAUAAUGAUGGCUAAUGUUGCAGCUGCAUUACGGGAGAUCGGCUAUGAAAUUGAGGUGCUCUCACUUGAAGAUGGUCCGGUGAGGUCCGUUUGGGAAAAUGUAGGAGUUCCAGUCAUCGUCAUGAACACCAAUGGGCAUACAAAGAUCUCUUUAGAUUGGCUAAAUUAUGAUGGCCUACUUGUGAACUCCCUUGAAGCUGUCUAUGUCUUAUCUUGUGUAAUGCAGGAGCCUUUCAAGAAUGUACCUCUGGUAUGGAACAUUAAUGAACUUACACUUGCUUCUCGGUUGAAGCAGUAUAUUUCAAGUGGACAGAACGAUUUUGUGGACAACUGGAGAAAAGUCUUUAGUCGUGCCAACGUUGUUGUCUUCCCAAACUACAUCCUGCCGAUAGGUUAUUCAGUGUGCGAUGCUGGAAACUACUUUGUCAUUCCGAGUUCUCCUAAAGAAGCAUGGGAAGUUGAUAUCUUCAUGGCUGUAUCCAAUGAUAAUUCACUAGCUAAGUUGGACUAUGCACCUGAAGACUUUGUUAUUGCGGUUGUGGGGAGUCAGCUUUUAUAUAAAGGCCUCUGGCUAGAACAAGCCCUUGUUUUACAGGCGUUAUUACCGGUUUUUUCUGAAUUAGCAAAUGAUGGCAAUUCAAAUUCCCGUUUCAAGAUUGUUGUACUGACUGAGGGUUUAAAUACCAAUUAUAGUGUUGCUGUGGAGGCUAUUGCGCGGAACUUAAGAUAUCCCGAGGGAAUGGUGAAGCACAUUGCUCCUGCCGAAGAUACAGAUAGAAUUUUGAGUGUGGCUGACCUUGUCAUAUAUGCAUCUUUCCGUGAGGAGCAAUCUUUUCCAAACACUUUGCUAAAGGCAAUGUGCUUUGGGAAACCUAUAGUAGCUCCAGAUCUACCAAUGAUAAAGAAAUAUGUCGAUGACAAGGUGAAUGGCUAUCUUUUUCCAAAAGAAAAUGUCAACGCUUUAGCACAGAUCAUGUUGCAAGUAGUAUCAAAUGGUGAACUAUCACUUCUAGCCCGAAAGGCUGCUUCAGUUGGUCAACGUACUGCAAGGAACCUUAUGGUUUCAGAAAGUGUUGAAGGGUAUGCUUUGUUAUUGGAGAACAUUCUCCGAUUUCCAUCUGAAGUUGCAUAUCCCAAGGCUGUCACUGAAAUUCCUGAAAAAACAAAAGCAGAAUGGCAGUGGCAUCUUUUUGAAGCAAUCGAGACAAAAUAUUCUCAGAACAAGACUUUAAACACCUCAAGAUAUUUGAGCAAGUUUGAAAAGCAAUGGAAUCCGGACCAAAGAGAGGGUUCUGCAGCUGUGGUGGAAAAGAAUGAGAACUUUUUGUAUAGUAUUUGGGAGGAUCACAGAAAUACUGAGAUAGCUAAUAAGAGAAAGAGAAGAGAAGACGAGGAGUUGAAGGGCAGAACUGAUCAACCUCGGGGAACAUGGGAGGAAGUAUACAAAAGUGCUAAAAGGGCUGAUCGGUCUAGGAACGAUUUGCACGAAAGGGAUGAAGGGGAUCUUGAAAGAACUGGUCAACCAUUGUGCAUUUAUGAGCCUUAUUUUGGAGAAGGGACCUGGCCCUUCUUGCAUAGUACAUCACUUUAUCGUGGCCUUGGACUAUCGACCAAAGGGCGACGACCCGGUCAUGAUGAUAUGGAUGCUCCUUCUCGGCUUCCACUUCUAAAUAACCCUUACUAUAGAGACGUUCUUGGUGAAUAUGGAGCCUUUUUCGCUGUUGCUAACAGGAUUGAUAGGAUACACAAAAAUGCCUGGAUAGGGUUUCAAUCUUGGAGAGCAACAGCAAGACAGCAAGCGUUGUCCAAGACUGCUGAAAAGUCACUACUUGAUGCUAUUGAAGCGCGAAGGCAUGGUGACACACUCUAUUUUUGGGCUCGUAUGGAUGUGGAUCCAAGGAACUCACUCAAACAAGAUUUCUGGUCAUUUUGUGAUGCUCUUAAUGCUGGAAAUUGCCAGUUUGCUUUCUCUGAGUCACUCAAAAAGAUGUACGGCUUAAAGCAGAAUUUGAGCUCUCUUCCUCCCAUGCCUGUGGAUGGAGGCACAUGGUCUGUCAUGCACAGUUGGGCUUUGCCUACCAAGUCCUUCCUAGAAUUUGUAAUGUUUUCAAGGAUGUUUGUUGAUGCACUCGACUCACAAUUGUACGAAGAUCACCAUCGAAGUGGCCGUUGUUAUCUUAGUUUGACAAAGGACAAACAUUGUUAUUCAAGAGUCAUGGAGAUGCUUGUCAAUGUUUGGGCAUACCAUAGUGCAAGAAGAACGAUGUAUGUGGACCCACAGACAGGCUUGAUGGAAGAACAGCAUAGACUAAAAAGCCGUAAAGGCAAACUGUGGGUGAAAUGGUUCCAAUUUAACACUCUUAAGAGCAUGGACGAGGAACUGGCUGAGGAGGCGGACGCUGACCACCCAAAAAGAAGGUGGUUGUGGCCGUCAACUGGUGAAGUUUUCUGGCAAGGUAUCUAUGAGAAAGAAAGAAACUUGAAAAACAAAGAGAAAGAGAAAAGGAGGCAACAGAGUAAGGAUAAAAUCAAAAGGAUUAAGAAUCGAACUCAUCAAAAAGCAUUAGGAAAAUAUGUCAAGCCUCCUCCAGAGGAGUUGGGACAUUCAAACACGACAACAACAGCAACAGCAAAGCUUAAGAGGUAGCACUAGUCUACAGGUAGUCUGUCCAGAGUUAAAUAGUCUAAUUUGGUCAUUAUUUUUUUUUUCUUCCAAAAUGCCUACCAUUUUUUCAUUUUUGUUCAGAGGGAUGUAUAGGUUUUUAUGAUGUGCAUGAGAGUGUAUUGAGCGUAGACGCAUCCUUCUGAUAGUGUUGCCAAGCAUGUGCAUGUAUUAUGUUAGUGUUUCUUUUCUCCAUUCUUUUAUUUGCAUCACUCAUUUUCUCUCCAAGCUUCUCAUCUAUAUAGGAGAAUGAGAAGGAUGGAUUUGUAAGCUAACAGUUACUCGCUGAGCUUCAGCAAUUGUACGUGUUGUAACUUAAGAAAACUUUCUACA